AUCAACUUUUUUUUUCUUUUUUUCUUUUCUUUUUUUUUUUUUUUUGAGUCAAACAACGACUUUCGUGUGACACCGAGGAGUGGAAGUCAGACUAUCGUGCAGUGAGCUCUGUGAAGCGGGCUGCGGUGAACUCUUCCCGAAAGGGAUAUCUGCUUCCAUUGAAAACAGCGAUCUGUCUUCACUUUCCCAACCGGACAGAGAGUAACAAUUUUCGGUCGUGAGCGCUUCUGAUGGUGGGUGGAGAGAGAGUUUUUUCUUUUACUUCUUUUUUGGAGAACUGAGAAACGACUUUAAUCCAGCAAACACAUCAGACACAGACAGAACAAGCGUACGUACUCUUUAUGAGCCUAGACCUGCUUCACCUUCACACACCUCCACACAGUCACACUGGGAUCUGGCCUGAACAAAAACACUCUUCAGCAGCUGCCACUAAGCGACUCAGGAGCAGUUGGAGGUUGGGUGCUGACAACAGCAGACUGUAGGACAGAGGUGCUUUUUCCUCCGCUCCUCUGCCUCUUCUCUGACUAUGCCAGCUCUAAAACCACAGAGCACUUUCCCAGCGGUGAAGCGGCGGACCAUGGACAACAGGCCUGUCCGGACAAAACGAACCGGUCCCGUGCGACAUCUGCUGCUGGCUGCCGCCUUCCUUGCCUGCAGCUGCCAACUGCUGAUGGUGGAUGCGAACUCGUGGUGGUCACUCGGUCUGACCCCAAUGCAGCGGCCAGAGAUGUACAUUAUUGGAGCUCAGCCUCUCUGCAGUCAGCUGUUGGGUCUCUCCCAGGGUCAGAGGAAACUGUGCCAGCUUUACCAAGACCACAUGACCUACAUUGGAGAUGGAGCCAAGACGGGCAUCAAGGAAUGCCAAUACCAGUUCAGACAGAGGAGGUGGAACUGCAGCACUGUGGACAACACAUCUGUGUUUGGGCGGGUCAUGCAGAUCGGCUCCAGGGAAACAGCCUUUACCUACGCUAUCAGUGCAGCCGGCGUGGUCAACGCCAUCAGCCGGGCAUGCCGCGAGGGAGAGCUCUCCACCUGUGGCUGCAGCCGCACCGCUCGACCCCGGGACCUGCCGCGUGACUGGCUGUGGGGCGGUUGCGGCGAUAACGUGCAUUAUGGCUACAGGUUUGCUCGGGAGUUUGUCGACGCCAGGGAGAGAGAGAAGAAUUACCCCCGAGGGUCGACUGAGCAUGCCCGGAUGCUGAUGAACCUGCAUAAUAAUGAAGCAGGGAGACAGGCAGUCUAUAACCUGGCUAAUGUGGCCUGUAAGUGUCAUGGAGUCUCAGGUUCCUGCAGUUUGAAGACCUGUUGGCUCCAGCUGGCUGACUUCAGACGUGUUGGAGAGUUCCUGAAAGAGAAAUACGACAGCGCGGCAGCAAUGAGGGUCGGGCGCAAGGGAAAGCUGGAGCUUCUAGACAAGCGCUUCAACCCCCCCACCGCUCAGGACAUGGUCUACAUCGACCCCAGCCCAGACUACUGCCUCCGCAAUGAGACAACGGGAUCGCUGGGCACGCAGGGUCGGCUCUGCAACAAAACCUCAGAGGGCAUGGACGGCUGCGAGCUGAUGUGCUGCGGCAGAGGUUACGACCAGUUUAAGACCUACAAGCACGAGCGCUGCCACUGCAAGUUCCACUGGUGCUGCUACGUCAAGUGCAAACGCUGCACGACGCUUGUGGACCAGUUUGUGUGUAAAUAGCGCGCUUCAGGAUUUGGAGGAGGCGAUGGUGACGACGACAGAGGGUGCUGGAGGUGGCGGGACGGUGAUGUUUCAGAGUUUUGUUCAGGAUCAGACGCACAAAAAUCACAUUUCUGACAAAUUUCCUCAUCUCCCACCUUUUCACAUCAAGAAAAAAAAAAAAGCUGCAUUGCACCUGUGUGGCUUUUUUUUUUU